UUUAAAUGGGCUUUUAGAUCGUUGUAUACCCGCUCCUUUGUUCAUUUGUGCUAAUGAACUUGAUGAAAAUAUGGAUAUGUCUGGUGAAUCAGCAACACCUAUCGAUGGAGAUAGGCCUAUGUCUGACGUCGAGGAAACUACACCUUUAGCUGUAACUGAUUAUGAUACUAUUGCCAACAAAAUUAUGCCCGAUCCUGGUUAUGAGAUAGAAGAUUUCCAGUACCACACAUGGAACAUCACCAAUUGGCGAAGUUUAGAUAAAAGGAUAACGGGCCCCGAAUUUGAAGCUGGAGGUUGGAAAUGGCGUAUUUUGCUUUUUCCUUCUGGAAACAACAAUUCGGACACGGUAUCCAUUUAUCUAGAUUUUGCCGAUCCAAAAGGUGCACCAGCUGACGCGCAUCAUCGUUUCACCGCCGAGGAAUCAGAUUGGGGGUUUACACGAUUUUAUGAUCUCCGUAAAUUAUUCAAUCCGUCCGAUAAUCGAAUGCGCCCAUUAAUCGAAAAUGAUAGUUGCAACAUCACGGCGUUCGUUCGAGUUUUGAAGGAUCCUACAGGCGUUCUGUGGCAUAAUUUCAUCAAUUAUGAUUCAAAGAAGGAAACCGGAUAUGUGGGCCUGAAGAAUCAAGGUGCUACAUGUUACAUGAACUCGUUACUCCAAUCACUCUACUGUACGACAUACUUCCGUAAGGCGGUUUAUCAGAUUCCUACCGAAGACGACGAGCCAGUCAAAAGCAUUUCCUUAGCACUGCAAAGAGUUUUUUACCAAUUACAAACAUCAGAUACUCCGGUUGGAACAACGGAAUUAACGAGAUCUUUCGGAUGGGAUUCGUUAGACUCAUUUAAUCAGCAUGAUAUACAAGAGUUUAACAGAUUGUUACAGGACAACUUAGAGGGUAAAAUGAAGAAUACAGAAGCAGAUGCUGCUAUUUCUAAGCUCUUUGGUGGCAAGACAAAGAGCUAUGUUAAAUGCGUCAGCGUAGACUAUGAGUCUUCCCGUGUUGAAGAUUACUAUGAUAUUCAACUCAACGUAAAGGGAUGCAAAACUUUGGAUGAUUCUUUCAUGGAGUAUAUACAAGAGGAGACUUUGGAAGGAGAAAAUAAGUACCACGCUGAAGGAUAUGGCUUACAAGAUGCAAAGAAAGGAAUGUUUUUUGAAAGUUUCCCACCGGUGCUUCAUUUGCAUUUAAAACGGUUUGACUACGAUAUGCAAAGGGACACCCCGGUUAAGAUAAAUGAUCGUUAUGAAUUUCCUAUGGAAAUUGAUUUACAAAGAUAUUUGUCACCAGAUGCGGAUAGAUCAAAAUCUUUCAAAUAUUUACUUCACGGAGUUCUUGUUCACAGCGGUGAUUUACAUGGAGGACAUUAUUUUGCUUUAUUAAAACCAGAAAAAAAUGGAAAAUGGCUAAAAUUUGAUGAUGACAGAAUUACGCCUGUAACAGAUAAAGAGGUACUUGAAGAUAAUUUCGGGGGAAGUGAAGUUCCUAAUGCAAGUCUCUCACCUGCAAUUCGAACCGGUGGUAGAAAUAUUAAACGAUUUACGAAUGCAUAUAUGUUGGUUUAUAUCCGUGAAUCUGAUGUUGAUUGGGUGCUAUCUCCGGUAGUUGCUAAAGAUAUACCAGAACAUUUACAAAGACGCUUAGAUGAAGAGAAAGCUUUAUUUGAGCAAAAGAAAAAGGAAGCCGAAGAACGUCAUUUAUACUUGAUUACUAAGAUCGUGACUCCAAAUACCUUUGAACAUCAUCAAGGGUUUGAUCUCGCUAAUUUUGACGAUCGACAAUAUCCGCUAUCUGAAGUUCCACAAUAUAAGGUUUUGAAAAGUGAGACUUAUGGGAAUUUCAAAGCACAGGUCGCUCAUAAAUUUAUGAUUCCGGUUGAGCAAAUGAGGUUCUGGGUUCUUGUAAAUCGCCAAAAUAAGACUGUUAGACCAGAUACUCCAAUACCAGACCAAUUUCAUGGCAUGACAAUGGAAGAAAUUCACACUAAAAUGGCUUCAAGACAAAAUGAACUGAAAUUAUUUUUGGAAGUGGCAGAUAAACCAAUUAACGGCAAAACAUGGUUCCCAACAACGGAAGGAAACUCUCUUAUAAUGGUUUUUGUCAAAUACUUUAAUCCCGAUACACAAUCUCUAGAAGGACUGUGUUCGUUAUAUAUUCAAAAGUUUGGUAAAGUUGGUGAUAUUAUUCCGAUUCUUUGCGAGAAAAAGGAAUUUCCACCUCACACACCAUUGAAAAUAUAUGAAGAGAUAAAACCGAACAUGAUUGAGGAGAUGAAACCGAAAUUGACUUUUCAACAAUCUGAGAUACAAGAUGGUGAUAUAAUUUGUUUCCAAAAGGCUUUAACAGAAAAAGAAGCACAAGAACAUACUGCUGCAGGUCGUAUUCGUGAUAUUCCUACAUUCUACGAGUCAUUAUCUAUGCGCAUUGUCGUUCAAUUUAAACCAAAGCAUAAGGACCGGGAACAAAAACCGGAGUUUGAAUUGGUUUUAAAUAAGAAGUUCACAUAUGAUGAAGUCGCUAAACGCGUUGCCGCUUUUUUAAACACGGAUCCUUUGAAAUUACGGUUUACAACGGCACAUCCAACGUCCGGUAUAUGCAAAACUGUAAUUAAGAGGGUGACCAACCAAACACUGUCAGAGAUGCUUCAGACAACCUAUCUGCCUAACUCAGCGAAUCUUUUGUAUUAUGAGAUGCUUGACAUUAGUAUUGUAGAAUUAGAGACUAAGAAGUUCUUUAAAGUAUACUGGCUUGGGACAACUUUUAAGGAAGAGGAGGCAAUCAAUAUUAGUCUUCCAAAGACUGCCGUAGUUAAUGAAGUUUUAGAAGUAAUUGUACAAAAACUGUCAUUGCCAGGACCUACCAGCAGAAUUAGAUUGUAUGAUGUCUUACAUGGUAAGAUCCAGAAAGAAUAUGAUAUCAAUGAUCCAAUAGAUAAAAUACAGGAACAAAUGAACUUAUAUGCGGAGGAAAUACCACAAGAAGAAAACGAGAAAGAUCUGAAUGAUAAAGUUGUUCAAGUAUUUCAUUUUACUAAGGAACUGUUACACACGCAUGGAAUCCCAUUCAAAUUUGUUAUUAAGGCGGGAGAACCUUUCUCUGAGACGAAGUCGCGCCUUCAAUCUCGCUUAGGAAUGAACGAAAAAGAUUUCUCGAAGGUGAAAGUUGCAAUUGUGCAAGCGGUGUCAUAUGCCAAGCCUCAAUAUAUAGACGAUGAUAAUGUUAUUCUAUCGGAACAUAAAUGGACAGAUGAACUUUUAGGUCUUGACCAUGUUGACAAAACAAGACGUACGGGAAGAGUAGGGGGGGAAAAAGCGCUAUAUAUUAGGGGAUAA